AUGGAGCACCCGUCGAGCGCGAACUUGCCGGCUCACAAGAAGCCCGACACCUACUUCAAGCCUCACGAUGUCCUCGACGACACUGCAAAGGCUGCCGUGAUUGGUGGUCUUAGUGGUCUCUUCCUCUCUUCCGUCAAGAAUGCUAUGGCCAAGCACAAUGUCGGCAUCCUGAGCGUCUUCACCCGCGGCUCUGCCAUCAUUGGUCUCGGAGCUGCCGCCCCCGCCGCAUAUGUCUUUGCUUCGCGAACCUCGAUGAACCUUCGUGAGAAGGACGACUCCUUCUCUGCUGCCCUCGGUGGUUUUGCCCUGGGCGCUGUCCUUGGCCUUCCCACGAAACGAAUGCCCAUUGUCAUGGGUCUUGGUAGUGGUCUUGCAGUCUUCCAGGGUAUGUUCCACUACCUUGGCGGCCGAUAUGACUCUUUCAAGCGAGAGGGCGAUGAGUUCGAGCGCAAGGAAAUUGUCCGACGAUCCACCAGACUGCCUAUUGAGCAGACUAUCUCAGAGAUUGGCGAGGGUCGAGGCAUUCGACCUCCUGGAUACGAUGAGCGAAGGGCGGAGCGACUUAGUCAGAAGUACGGAGUUGAGAUUAACCCCAUCAAGGCGACUGUCGAGGGUAGCCAAUAA